GCUUAUUGUACAUUUAGCGGCCAUGGCUCCUGGCGUCGAAUGGAGUCUUGGGAGCGAGGUCAUGGUCACGCUCGCCGGCGUCGGUUUUGUCGGAUUGCUCGUUGGCCUCGCGCUGUACGCCAAGUCGGAGAAGCGCGAGAUGGCAGCCGUCGCCCUCCUCCGCAACGAGUACCAUCCCUUCUUUCUUUUGUGGGCCAGCUCCGUGGUCGACACCGCCAAGACCGACGUGGAUGCCAACAAGUGGCUCUGCCACGUGUGUGAGUUUGCCAAUGCGACCGACAAGAAGACGUGCACGCUCUGCGAGACGCCCCACGACGUUGUCUUGAGCAUCGGUGCCACCACCAACAUGGCGCUCGCCGUCCUCGCCCACCCCUCGACUCGAAACAACGAAGCGCGCGACAUGGCGCGUAGCGCGCGCAAGCAGUGGAGCCGCGUGCGGCAGCCCUCCGAUGGCGCCGUGCUCUGGACGUCGGCGCUGGAGCUGCAGCCCUCGGACGUCUACUACAUGUUGCAGCCCUCGUCGAUACCGCCACCGUCACCAUCGCUCAAGGACGACGCCAAGGACAAAGAUAACGCCAACGACAACGAUGACGCCAAGGAGGACGAAGAGAAAGUGCCUCCGGUGCUGCUCGAGAUGACCUACUUGACGCCCGAAAGCGCUGCUCGCACCGUGCUGGGGACGAUACUGCCGUCGUGGUGGCUCACGCAGCUCGAGUCGCUCCGGCUUCAAUCGUUCUCGAUCAAGUACAUUUGGCUCCUCGAGCAAAUCGCGGCCUCGUACACGGAGAAGGUCAAGGUCAAGGUGUACCGCGACAAGAUCCUCACCGAGUCGCUCGAGAUUCUGCUUGCGCUGCCGCACGACAAGCUCUGUUCGUUCACCCGCGUAUCGCUCUAUGGCGAGAGCGGUGUUGACGCCGGUGGGCUCCAGCGCGAGUGGUACACGCUCCUCACCCACGCGCUCUUUGAACCGUCCACCGGCCUCUUCAUCGCGGCCAACCAAGCCGAGCGGUCGUUCGGCAUCAACCCGCACUCGGCGCGCGACCACGGCGAGACGCACCUCGCGCGGUUUGAGGCGUUUGGCCGGCUCCUCGCUCGCGCGAUUCUCGACGGCCAAGUGCUGCAGUGCCACCUCUGCGUCCCGCUCUUCAAGGCGCUUCUUGGCACGCCGCUCUCGAUGGACGACGUCAUGCAUUGGGACGCGACCGUGUAUGCGAGCCUGUGCUACAUUCGUGACGCGCCGAGCGUCGACGACUUGGCGCUCGAUUUUACGGUCCACGGGCCCGAUGACACUAUUGUCGAGCUGGUGCCGUUUGGCGCGCAGAUUGCCGUCACGAAUGAAAAUCGCACCGAGUACGUGGAGGCGAUGACCAAGUACCUCCUCUUUGACCGCAUUCGAGACCAAGUGUCGGCGCUCGUGCAUGGGUUCUACACGGUCUUGCCCGAAGAGCUGCUCUUGCCGUUCGACUACAAGGAGCUCGAGCUGCUCCUCUGCGGCACGUCGGCGAUCGAUGUCGACGACUGGCGCCUCUUUACCGCCGUCUCGUUCUCGCUCGCCAUCACCAACUGCAACGAUUGGUUCUGGGCCAUUGUGAAAGACGAGAUGACGGACGACGACCGCGCGCGGCUGCUGCAGUUUGCGACCGGCUCAUCGCGCGUGCCGCUCCAAGGGUUCAAAGGGCUCACGAGCUACGAUGGCCUUUUGUGCCCGUUCUCGCUCCAGGCGAUCGAGUACAAGUACGGUGCGCUGCCGCGCGCGCAUGCGUGCUUUAACCGCAUCGACUUGCCGCUCUACCCGACGCGAGCGCUUUUGAAGGAAGCACUAUUUGUGAUCGUCCGUCUCGAGAUGACCGAGUUCACCCUCGUGUAGACAGCCAACAAAGGCUGUAGCGGCCCCUUGACAACUUUAC